GUCAGAGAGGCGCGCCCGCGGCCAGGGACGCUGGUCUGAGCAUGGGGGCCGCCCGGGAGGUCGAUCCGCCGCCGGCGCAGGACGAGGAGCCCGAGGACGACGAGGAGGAGGAGGCGGCGGCGGCGGGGGCCGACGGGGAGCCUGGGGCGGCGAGCCCCUGGAACAUCAUGAUCAAGCACCGGCUGGUGCAGCGGCGCGGGCGGCGAUCCCAGAUGAUGACCAGCUUCACAGACCCCGUGGUCUCCAUGGACCUCCUGCGCGCCGUCCUGCAGCCCAGCAUCAACGAGGAGAUCCAGGCAGUCUUCGGCAAGUACAUGAAGUUUUUCCAAAAGGCGGCAGGGAACGUGCGCGAGAAUGUCGGCGAGGAUGUGGACACAGAGCAGCUCAUCCAAGAGACGUGUCGCAGCUGCCUGGAGCAGGCCAAGCUCCUGUUCUGCGAUGGGAAGAGACCGAUUGCAAGAGUUCCCCACGAAGUGCCAGCCAUCAAGCGGGCGAAGCCCCUGGAAGAUGAAGUGAGCCAGCAGGGGAGCCCCAUCCCCAAAAAGAGGAAGGGGAGACCGCCAGGACAGAGCCAGCCUGGUGACCGUGGUGCUUCAGGUGUCAGCACGACAAGCACACGAUGCAGAUUUGGCCACCUCCCAAGACCCCCCCUCUCUGCUUUCAGAGGGAAGAGUAAAUCCUGUGAACCAGUGCAGAGGGACGGUCCGAAGUGGGACCCCCUGCGCCUCACGGAGACCACGAGCUUCGUUCUUGGGUCAAGAGCAAACAAGGCCCUUGGGAUGGGGGGCACCAGAGGCAGGCUCUACAUCAAGCACCCCCACUUGUUCAAGUACGCGGCAGACCCCCAAGACAAGCACUGGCUGGCUCAGGAGCAGUACAUGAGGGCCACCGGAGGGAAGAUGGCCUACCUCCUGCUGGAGGAGGACAUCCAGGACCUGGCAGCCAGUGACGAGUACAGGGGUUCCCAGGAGCUGAAGCUUGACGAGCUGAAGCCCUUCACCAUCCCUUCCUGGAUGAUUGGGAAGAUGCAGAGAUACAUGAAGACGCUCCGCAGCGAAGGGGAGCAGCCGUUGCCGCAGCAACAGCCGCCCUCCCUGCCGGAGGAAAUGCGGGAGACUUAGACCAGGCCCGGCCAGCAAAUCCUGCCCCUCAUCUGCUCCUGGGAAGCCCGGGAUGGGGGGCAGCCUCCCCUCAGCCCUCUCCCUGCACAGGAUCCCACCAGGCGCCCCUCCGCUUUCCUGAUUGUAUAUUGGGAACCUUGUAUUUGCUUGUUGGAGGAUGUAGAAGGAAUAAAUGCCUCUGGUUGAA